AACGAAACGUGCGAGUGGUAUCAUUCGGUGCCGAGAAUUAGUGCAUUACGUUAAACAAACGGUGUAGCCCAACUGAAGUAAAGUCAGCAUUAAUAAGGGAGCUGCACGUCUGCUGUACUUUUGAGCCGCAGUAUGAUGCAGGCAGGAGUCUGUCUGAGACAGGACACUGAGACAACACUACCAGAGCUCACUGAGCAGCACAGGACCAGACAGAAAGAAGAGGAACUCAGUGGACUGGAGCCUGUCCACAUGGCAGAGUCAGAGACAGAGUGUGCUGCACCUGGAUUCAGCACACUGGAGCCAGAGUGUGUUACCGCACACAGUGGGGUCAGUGAUGUACACCACACACACACAUCACUUACUAAAACAGAAACUGAUUUGGGCUCCACCCACACUGGGGAUCUUAAGACCGAGAGCCUUGACAGUACAGAGCUGGGAUGUGUAACCCAUCUGCAUCCUGACCAAAUCAAAACUGAGGCUGAUGAUGGAGGAUACCUUAAGACAGAACAUAUCAGUGACUUGAAUGAUUUAAAAUGUGUUCAUAUUAAAUUUGAUAAGAUUGAAUCCAGUGAAAUUUUAGUGAGUGAUCUCAUGAAUACUGUGAUGAAUGGGGCUGGUGUUGGUCACAAAGGCCAGACUGAAUCAGGCCAAUGUGCAGGACAGCCAAGCCCAAACUGUAAAAAAGAGGAACCUUACGGCCUACUGACCCAUUGUGGAGACUUAAAUGAUCACUGUGACAUGAACAGUGAAAAUAAUCUGACCAGAAUUGUCCAGAAAGGUGCAAAUAGUAGCAACAAACAUGCAAACUGUCAAAGAACAAAUGUGAUCAUUGAACCCAUGAUAAUUCAAUCAAGUAAAACACAAAGCCUUUUGAAAAUCUUUCAAAAAAAGGCUGUGCAUACAAAUGAAGGUCAAAUUCAUGCAGGUCAAAAGCCAUACAAAUGUACACAAUGUGAGAAGUGUUUUACUACAAAAUAUUAUUUAAGUGUACACCAGAGAAUUCAUACAGGUGAGAAGCCAUACAAAUGUACACAAUGUGAGAAGUGUUUUACUACAAAAUAUUAUUUAAGUGUACACCAGAGAAUUCAUACAGGUGAGAAGCCAUACAAAUGUACACAAUGUGAGAAGUGUUUUACUACAAAAAAUUAUUUAAGUGUACACCAGAGAAUUCAUACAGGUGAGAUGCCUUACCAGUGUGUACAUUGUGGGAAGUGCUUUCCUGCGAAGUUUCUAUUAAAUCACCACCUGAGGGUUCAUACAGAAGAAAAGCCAUACAAUUGUACACAAUGUGAAAAGUGUUUUAAAUCAAAAUCUGAUUUAAGUGUACACCAGAGAAUUCACACAGGCGAGAAGCCUUACCAGUGUGUACAUUGCGGGAAGUGCUUGUCCACAAAGUAUCUAUUAAAAUGCCACUGGACAACUCAUACAGGUGAGAAGCCAUACAAAUGUACACAAUGUGAGAAGUGUUUUAAUACAAAAUCUUAUUUAAAUGUACACCAGAGAAUUCAUACAGGCGAGAAGCCUUACCAGUGUGUACAUUGUGGGAAAUGCUUUUCCAAAAAGUAUCUAUUAAAAUGCCACUGGACAAUUCAUACAGGUGAGAAGCCAUACAAAUGUACACAAUGUGAGAAGUGUUUUAGUACAAAAUCUUAUUUAAGUGUACACCAGAGAAUUCAUACAGGCGAGAAGCCUUACCAGUGUGUACAUUGUGGGAAAUGCUUUUCCAAACAGUAUUUAUUAAAAUGCCACUGGCCAAUUCAUACAGGUGAGAAUCCAUACAAAUGUACACAAUGUGAGAAGUGUUUUAGUACAAAAUCUUAUUUAAAUGUACACCAGAGAAUUCAUACAGGCGAGAAGCCUUACCAGUGUGUACAUUGUGGGAAAUGCUUUUCCAAACAGUAUUUAUUAAAAUGCCACUGGCCAAUUCAUACAGGUGAGAAGCCAUACAAAUGUACACAAUGUGAGAAGUGUUUUAGUACAAAAUCUUAUUUAAGUGUACACCAGAGAAGUCAUACAGGCGAGAAGCCUUACAAAUGUACACAAUGUGAGAAGUGUUUUAAAUCAAAAUCUGAUUUAAAUGUACACCAGAGAAGUCAUACAGGUGAGAAGCCAUACAAAUGUACGCAAUGUGAGAAGUGUUUUAAAUCAAAAUAUGAUUUAAAUGUACACCAGAGAAGUCAUACAGGUGAGAAGCCUUACAAAUGUACACAAUGUGAGAAGUGUUUUAAAAGAAAAGCUAAUUUAAAUACACACUUGACAGUUCAUACAGGUGAAAAGCCCUACAAAUGUACUCUUUGUGAGAAGUGUUUUGCAAGUAAGUGUCAUUUACGUAGACACCUGAGAUUUCACAAAGAUAAAAAAGCAUACAAGUGUACACAGUGUGGGAAGGGUUUUUCUGGAAAGUCUCAUUUGAAUAUACACCAGAGAAUUCAUAUUGGUGAAGAGCCUUACAAUUGUACACAGUGUGGGAAGGGCUUUUCUGUGCUAUCUAAUUUAAAUGCCCACAAAAGAAUUCAUACCGUUGAAAAGCCCUACAAAUGCAUUUCUUGUGGGAAGUGCUUUUCCACAAUAUCUCAUUUAAAUCAACACCUGAGAAUUCAUACAGGUGAGAAGCCUCACAAGUGUACACAGUGCGGGAAGGGCUUUUCCACAAUAUCUCAUUUAAAUCAACACCUGAGAAUUCAUACAGGUGAGAGGCCUCACAAGUGUACACAGUGUGGGAAGGGCUUUUCCAAAAUAUCUCAUUUAAAUCAACACCUGAGAAUUCAUACAGGUGAGAAGCCUCACAAGUGUACACAGUGCGGGAAGGGCUUUUCCCAAACAGCUCAUUUAAAUCGACACCUGAGAAUUCAUACAGGUGAGAGGCCUCACAAGUGUACACAGUGCGGGAAGGGCUUUUCUGAAGUUGGUCACUUAAAAAUACACCUGAAGAUUCAUUCAAGGGAAAAGCCCUAAACAUCGAAGUGUGGUAAGGGCUUUUCCACACUGCCUCAUGCCAACAUGGAAUUCAUACAGGUGAAAAGCUCUGCAAAUGCAUUAAUUGUGCUUCUCCCAAAUAUUUAAGUAACCACCUGAGAAUUCGUGUUCUCUGUGUGGGAAGUGCUUUUCCAAAGCAAGUGCAUGACAUUUUCACUAAAUGCUUCAUACCGAUGUACAGUGUGGGGUGUGUUUAACUUGCCACAAAAGCAGUCACACAGCCAAAUUGCGUACAAACGUUUUCAGUGUAGGGAUUGUUUUUCCGAAGGAAGUGAGUUAAAUUGCCACCACGUACUGUGCAUAAUGUUAGUUUUUGAUUAUCAUGGCAAAGGUCAACUCCUACAAAUAAAUAGCCUGACAAAUGUAUUCAUUGUGUUUGAUGAAAGCAUCUAUUACAUGAUGUAGUUUGCAUAGGAAGCAUUCCAGAUGUCCAUCAAAUUUUCAAGAGUAACCUUAGAACUCACGAACAUCCCUUCACUAUUAUUGAAUGAACCAUCCCGUUGUAAUUUCCAUAUUUUUAUUUUGUGGGUGUUUAAUUUGAAUUCAAGGAAUGAGGAAAAAGUUGGUACCCCAACAAUUUUGGAGUGUUUGUUGUUGUGCAUUUCUUAUUUGUAAAAUGUAAUUCCUUGUAGAUUGAAGGGUGGUAUUUUGCGAUGAUGAAAUUGACUGCAACGUAAUUUGUUUGAAAGAACUGAAAUCUGUUUGGAUAUACUGUCAAAAGAAACAUGGUUUUGUGUAUUGCAAACGUUUUCUGAAAAUAAACUUACUGCCAUUUCCAAUUA